AAAAGCCCCGCGGGUCAGUUGUUUCCGCGGUUCUCCAGCAGCAACGACAACGGGGCUGCUAUCGAAGCAUAAACUUAUUAACGACUAGACAUAACGAUUCACUUAGAGUUGCUGGGAUUGAGUAAACAAAGGUUAACUUAGCCUGAGGUUUUAAUCUGUCUACUAUGGAUUUGAAAACUCAUGAAGUUCAUUCAGGUCAUUUUAUGGUUAGCAUUCUUGAAGAUUCUGAGGAUGAGACAGAACAUUCAAAUGAUGUAUUCACUGAAAACGUCAUUACAUACAGUUCCAAAGAUAACAUUAAUCAGUCAAGUGUUAAGGAUAAAAACAGGCUGAUUUUUGAGAACCUAGCUUCACUUUUUAAGUAUUUGGAGAUUGCUUAUAGUGGAAAGCUGACAAGCCCGAAAUGGGACAAAUUUCGUGGACUAAGAUUUGCAAUAAAAAAUAAAAUCCGACUUAACAACAUAGUUUGGAGAGAAUACCACAUGCAAUAUGUCAAAAAAUUAAAGCCAGUUGUUGUUCAAUUCCAGACACCUGUAUAUGAAGAUCAUUCUAAAACUGAAGCAGUUAUAUUAGAAGGAAAAUAUUGGAAAAGGCGCUUAAGUACAUUGUGUAAGGAGUAUAGACUUUGGAGAGCAUUUGCCAAAAACAGGAUAUACAGUUCUCAAAACAAACAAAUUAUACAAUGUGCCAAUGAACUACUCGAAGGGUCGGAUUUAUAUCCUUAUCAAUUUAGUGACCUAUCAAAGAAUACGUCUUCAAAAAUUAUGGAGGAAAUAAUGAUGGACAUAGAUGAGAAUCUAGAUUUGUUUUUUGAUCAACCGAUAACAUUUCCAAAUCGGCGAGAUUUGCCUAUCUUGGGAAACGCCGAUAUAAUGCAACCAGGUUUGCAACAACUUCAACCUGAUAGAAGUUCAUGCGACGACAUAUCGUGUAAUAUUUUUCAGUCUAUUGAGCCCAAUUCGACAUUUCAAUGUAGUUCUGAUGCAUAUUCGUGUGAAUAUGCAUGGUCUAGCUCAGACUACCCAUUUAACAAAUAUAUAUGUGAAGCAACAUUCUCAAACACAACUACACCUCUCCCAGAAACCAAACAAAGUUGUAACCUACCUCUUGUUGAACGUCUUAGCGUAGUCGAUUCGUCUUCCCAAAUCUGCUCAUCGUUUUUGUCAGGUAAUCGUAAAUCCGGUCUUUUGGAUUUGGCUACCACCAGUAGUGAAGUGUGUGGACCUUAUUUAAAUAACAGUGUUAGUGAAACAGAUUAUCAUGAUCCCCAUCCUUAUCGAACAUCAUUUCCUGUGUCUCAGAAGCGCUACUUCCAACAUCAACCCAGGGUUGCUGGUCAACAUCAAAACAGCAACCCUUCUGUUAGCAUGGAAUCAAAAUAUGGAUUAAAUACAGGUUCAAUACACAAAAAAGGUCACGUGACUGAACCCAUACAAUCGUUUGGUCAUUGUGUAGAAUCGAAUAAAGAAAAAGGCGAUCACACAAACAAAUCUGCUCUUUUAAAUGCCUUACUGCGUGGUAGUAGCAUUGGUCAAAAUGUGAACUCGCCCAUUGAUUGCAUGGACACUAGUGCAUUUCAGGAAACUUCGAAGUGUUCGUCUCCCUUACUUUGUAAUGCUUUAAGCAAUUCAGGAAACUGCUUUGAUAGUUCAUCCAACAAACAUCUAAUCCACCUCAACGAUUCAUCAAAUAAGUCAGUUCAAGUCAAAAAAGGCCCCAAUCUUCUUACAAAUACAAAAGGGUUAUCAGAUUCUUACACUCAUCCUGGUUAUCCAUACAAUGAUCAUUCAUCCAUCAAUUCGAUAAAUACAGUACAGAAUGUUGACAUCCCCAGGAUUAAUACAUUGAAUGUUGCGGAUAAUAUAUCAGUUCCAGUGGCUAACUAUGGGGUGUCUAGUGACUGUUCCGUAACUCAGAACCAUGAACCUGAUUUAUCUGUUUUGACACCAACUGUAUCUCGAGCAGAUGGUUCAUCUUUUCUAAUCUCUCAUAAUCUUUUGGUAAAAAAUUGCGGGACGGAAUCCAUUAGCUUCGGUGUUACUGACCUUUUAAUGCGAGGUUCUAAUAAUUACUUCAAUAACACUGAAGUGAUUUCUCAACAAAGCUCAGUUGAUUCACGUAAGUCUCUUGGUCUACCAUUAGAACGAAAAAAUUCAAACGUACAAACUUUGGAUACAAAAGGUUCUACCGUACAAAGUACACAGAGAAAUCCAAAUUAUUUGGUUGAUGUCAGUACUGUUCCUUCUCAGAAUUCACAAGACUCCAUCCUUAUUUUAAAAGGAAAUAACGGGCUUUCGACACCAAUCCAUGGAAAUCUUUCUGUUUCAUCGAAUACAGGUUUCAAUUUCUCUAGUCGUAAUUCUGGUCCGUGCACAAUCCCUGGUAGUUCACUUUCAGGAUCGAAUAUGUUUGCUCUACCAAGUAAUGAACUUAGGAAUGCAUACACAGAAGAUUCUAAUUCUGAGCUGGAAACUUUGGUACCUGGAAGUUGGACUGAGCCACAGAUUUUUCCACAUACAAUCAAUAUUUCACUAAAUGAUAUGGAUCAACUUCCUAAAGCAUCAGUCACAAGUGAUAAAUGUUUAAAUGUAUCUAAGAUUAUCGAAAGUAAUCCAUCAAUGCUUGGACGUUCCAGUUCAGCUGGGAAUUUAUUCUCACUUCAACAUAAUCAAAUUCCUAGUUGUUCGAUACAGGGUUCAGCAACUACUACGUCAAGUUUUGGAAGUACGGAAAUUUUAUCUCCAAUGUUUUCUAACCAUAAAGGAUUUCUGUAUGCUACUUCACCAUCGUGUUCUCCACCUUCGGUUUCAGAACAAAAUGAUCAACAAGCUAAACAUAUUCUAGGUAAUUCCUCUGAAGAACGACGACGUCAAUCUAUGCAAUCUGGUUUACAAACUCUACGACAACUGUUAAAGUUGCACUCCAAUUUAGAUAAUCUUGGGGGUAGUAACCGUCUGACAGCUCGCAGGCAUCUUAGCAAUUUAGAAAUGCCUUCCGUAUCUGGGACUUAUUCAUUUGGGGAUACAGAUAUGCCUAGCGAAAUGCUUAGCGUUGGAUUACGUCCAUCAAAUGGGUUAGAUUUUACAUCUGAUGAACAAAUGAUGUCCUCAGGAACGGAAGUUGGUGGUACUGCUCGAGCAUCUAAAGCUGCAACACUAAGAAGUGCUGCAGAACUAAUACGAAAAUUAAGAGAUGAGCGAAAUGUAUUAGAAACACAAUGUACAAAUCUUAAGGGCGAAGUAAAAGCUUUGAAAAGUGCAAUUAACUAUGCUAAUACAACAAUGUGAUAAUAAGACUGGUCUGGGUAGUUGAGUUUAUAAUACCGCUAGAUUUUAUACUCGAACUGUACACAAUACAGAGACUAGAUCACAUUAUAUCAGAUAUAUGAUUCAUAGUUAAUAAUAAAGAACCAUAAUAACGCUAGACAAUACUUUAUUCCACAUGAUUACUUGCAGUCACUUUCAAUCAGUCCGGAGUAGAAAUUAAUAAAGCGAAAGGAGUUCAUAUAUUUAAUAGUUACCUUUUUUGUGAAAAAUUGCCCCCUUCCAAUUCAUCAUCUACAAGGUCAAUAUCAGAUCAAAAUUUAAAUUCUUACUAUUCUGAAUGGUUUCGUGCAUAUGUUCUGAAACAAACUGAAGUUAAUUGGAAAUUUUAUAUAUUUAGUUUGAUAAUUGGUAGAAUUUUCAAGUCUUAUUGUAAUACAACAAUUUCAAGUUCACGUGAUCAAUUUAUCCGAUCCGUAUAUGGUUGGUUAGAUGCUAAUUGUUCCCUGGUACAACUAAGACCUGCUGUAAUGCAAGCUUUAUGCACUCUUGGGAAAACAACUUCUGUUUUACAAGAACCGAACAAAUUACCUGAACAAUCUAAAUCAUUGUCUAUUACGAAUUUAUUUUGAAACUGUGUAAAAAAAUGCUGUAAUUAUAAAGUCUAUCGGUUUUUUGUUUUCCUUUUUUUAUACUAUGGAUCAAUAGAUAAAUACAUUUCACUCGUAUUUCAGCGCUCCAAACAAUCCAUUUUAGCGUGCGUUUAUUUUGUUAUAGUUAUUAUUUUCUUUUAUUGAUAACCAUUCAUCUUUAUUUCUUUUCUUCUAACAUAAUUAUCACUAGUGAUUCUUUCAUUUUUCUAUUUUAAUCAAUCAAACAAAUACGAAGACAAAAUCAGAUCUGUUUUUUGUUCUGCCAUUCUAGUCAAUAUGUGAUUAUUUUUCCCUUUCAUAAUUAAAGAUUUUUGUCUGUUUCUGUAUUACUAUUCCGCGUUCUUCUUUUCACUUACUAUUAAUUGAUGAAGAUAUACAUGUAUAUUUUUCUAUAAAAGAGUUGUAGUAAUUUGAAAGAAAUUUAGUUUGCCGCCUUAUAUGUACUGUAGUUAUUCUAUUUGGUGGUUGAAUAACAUCGAAUACCACAUUACUUAAUUACUGUUGGAUAACCAACUAACUACCGAAAUCCAUACCCUAUGUAUGUAGAAUAUAUUUUUGCUUAGAAAUAUUUUUGUUCUUAGAAUAUUUUAUUUCGUAUUUCUGUCCAAUGUAUUUUUUAAGCUAAUCAUUUUACUUAUCUAAUUUGAAUCCUUUCCAAAUGUAUCCGUCCAUCUUUACACACUAUAUAUUACGCAAUAGUAUUUAUAUUCAUAUAUUGUUCUUUGGUGCGUACACGAUUUUUUGUUAUUGUUUUAUUUGUAAUUUCUUGAUUGAUCACGUAACUAACACUUUAUAUGAUGUAAUUAACUAUAGUAUGAUGUUGUUGUAGGUUCAGCUUGUUUGGACAUUGCUUGUCAUGAGAAGUCGAUUUAAAUACCUUUUUUUUCUUAUCUACAUGUAUUUCAUUUGUUUCUGGUUUGUCUGACUUAAUGUUUUUAUUGCUUUUUUGUAUUUUCUUUUGGCGUAUGAACGAACAACUGUGUUAUUGACUUUAUUUUCCAGAAAAAAUAAUGUAAAAUUACUUUUUGAACAUCGAGGUGUGGUUUUAAUUCUUUAUCUGCUUAUCUAUCUCUUUCCCCAAUCAGAUCAUUAGUUUUUUUUUUAUUUUACAGAGAAUUAUUUUAGUUAUUUAUCCAAAACAAAAUUUCUCGUCCUACUCCGGCCAGAUAUUAUUGUAUCUGAUUUUUUAAAGUUCCCAUUAAUCUACAUAACUUUAUAUUUAUAUCUUGGUACUUUUUUUGUCAUCUAUGUACUAUAUUUAUGAUAAAAAAGGAAGUACACUUACACGAUUAUUUUAGAUUAUCUAGGCUUGUAUAAUCUAUUUGAUGCAAUAGUUUCGUAAUUUUUGUUUCUGUUGUACAUCAUCUUUUGAAAUAUAGAAUAAUAAAAAGAAAAGAACAAUAGUCUAUUUAUACACGGAUAGUAUACCAGUUGUAGAACUAUCUGGAACCACUGAAUAUUGAGGAGUUAUUUUACCAUAGUUUUAGAUUCUUUAACAAUGUGUACACAUGACUCUGCACGAGUUCGAGUGCAGUUUUUUCUUCGUUCAUUGUUAUUAUGAUAUUACUAGCUUAAUCAGUUCAAACCUUGUGUUUUACUGUUCUAAUUUCAUUCGGUUCUCUGUAUAGUUUUACAAAAAUCCAGUGCUACCGGCUCUGUUAAUAUAAUGAAACCCGUUAUUGAUCAUUGUGAAUCAAGUAUACCGGAAAGGAAGCGGUUAUCUAUUGAUAAUAACGAGAGGUUAUUUAAAAAAAAUAUGUUGCGAAUUUACUGAAGUUGUUCACAUGAACGAUAAUAUUGUAACUCAGUGGGUCAAAGCAAUGUCAUUAUCACGAGACUAGAAGUUUAUGGGGUUGGUUUGUAUGUGAGUAAUUAUAAAGAUUCGCCAAACUCUAACGAAAUAAUUGUUCACUUCUAUCUUGUUUCCAGUGGGUUUUUCUAAUUUAAG